CCCAGCGUCAGACGCUGCCGGGCUCCGGUCCGGGCUGCAGGCGGAGCUCGCGGCGCGCCCGGGGGCAGAAACUCCGGGCCGGGCCGGGCCGGGCCGGGCCACAGCGCUCUGCCCUGCUCCCCCGCAGCCGCCCCCGGGAUGGGGCCGGGAAGCCGGUGGCUGCUGGCGGCCGCCCUGCUGUGUUGGGGAGCCCGCUGCCAGGUGGCGCCCUCACUGGGCCAGACGGCAGCAGUGGUCCCCUUCGAGGAGGUGUGGAGCCGCAGUUACUGCCGUGCCCUGGAGACCCUGGUGGACGUGCUGGGCGAGUUCCCGCAAGAGGCUGAGCACGUGUUCAAGCCGUCCUGUGUCCCGCUGCGGCGCUGCGUGGGCUGCUGCGGCGACGAGGACCUGGAGUGCGUCGCUGUGGAGACCCGCCCCGUGGCCAUGCAGGUCGUCCGCCUCAGCCCGAUCCAGGGGAAGAGUCAGCAGGAGGAGAUGAGGUUCACAGAGCACAGCCGCUGCGCAUGCAGGCCUCGGAGGAAACGAUUGAAAAGUGAGAGAGACAGCAAGAGAGGGCCCAGGAGGAGACCUCGGGAGCCGGGCCCUAUGCCCCUCCCCACCCCUCUGUGGCAGCCCCCACUGCAGAGGGAGCCAAGGAGCUGAGGCCGAGGCCCGGGGUGAAGGAACCGGUCCUGCGCCCAGGUGGGGGUACAGGGUGCAUCCCUCAAUGCAGACUGGAGCUGGGACCACCUCCAGCACCCAGUGAACGAGCCCACAUGCAGCACCCAGGCUGGGAGGCUGGUGACCCCCACAUGAGAGGGGCAAGGGGUGAUGCCUCUAGGGCAGUGGCGGGAGGGGACUCGCUCUCAAGAGGCUGCUGUUUCAGGGAGUUCUGCCCAGGGUGGCCAGGGGCUCCCAGGUUGACGUUGGGGGGUAGGCAGGAUGGGGAAUUGAGGACUUGAACUUCUGGCAAAGGGAGCUUCAGGCCAGGUGCCCCAGGGCCAGGAGCGGAUGGUGGGUAGAUGGGGGUUUGGUCCCCCUUUCCAGCAAUGGGAGCCCAGGAGCCAGCCCCCUUCCCCCACCCCAGCUUCAGGAGCCUCCCCCAGAUAGGAGCCAGGUCCCCCCGCAUGGGCACAGGAGCCGCCCGUAGCGAGAUGCUCUGGGCAGCGCAUUCCUGGGCCACGUCUGCUCAGCUCCUGAGCCGGUGAAAUCUGGGGGACUGCGACGCCCGGCCUGGCCUCCCCCGUUCUUAGACUGCAGAGAGCUCGUGUAUAACCCGUGCACAGAUACUGAACCCACAAUAAACCCCAUCUCCUCCCUGCCCUGUCA